UACAUUUCAAGUUUCAUAAUUUAUUGGUGAUUUUUUCAUAAACCUUGAUGAUGAGUUGACAGCUAAAUGUUUUGAUCCUUUUCAAAACAGUCCGAAAUCGCGUGUUGUAAAUCUAGAAGUCUUUUUACAAAAGCUUUUUUUAUUGCAAUCAUGAUCACGACCGGCCUGCAACAACUACGAAUCCAUGUAUCGCGUUAUGUAAUGUGUAAUUCAUUCCACACCAGUAGAGUAGAUUGCGAAAUACGGAAGCUGGCUCGGCUGCGAGUAGUGGACAAUAGUGAAAUUGGAAAGGCUGCUAUGGCUGAAGGUAAGCCCCCAAAAUGUAUCCAUGUGUACAACAAACAAAUGGUGGCAAAAGUUGGGGACAAAGUACUAGUUGCAAUCAAGGGACAAAAGAAAAAGGCCAUACUCGUAGGAUGCAAACAGAAGCAAAAACCUAAAAUUCCCAAAUUCGACAGCAAUAACAUUGUGCUCAUAGAUGACAAUGGUACGCCACUUGGAACGAGAAUUCACGUGCCAAUCCCAACCAUUCUUAGGACUAUACUGAAAGAAAAAACUCAAGCCAAAGGUGCCGAUUACACUAAGUUGUUAGGAAUUGCUAGUAGAUUUGUCUGAAUAAAUAAUAAAAAUCAAAGAAAAUCGGUA